UAGUCAGCCAGUCUACUACGUGUUCGGACUGGUGCCUUUAACUUACAAGCAUCUCGGGGGAGAGAGGAGGAAGAAAAGAAAAAGGACUUUACCCUGGCUCUUAUGUGGAGAAAUAAGUCAGCCACGCACCCAUCGCAAGUCUGACAACUUUAAUCUUCAACCGGCAUCUUCUCUUGGAUUAGAAAAUAUCAUGUAAAGACAGGUUUCCUCUGCGUUUUCCGACUUGGAUUAAGUUCUGCAUGGAAACAAAUGAUAUUUGAACCCGCAGAGAGGAGCGGAGAGAGAGGAGGUGUCGGGUACAAGCCUGUGUGUUUCUGUUCUUGUUCUUUUAUGCAUGGAUCUCGGAUCAGUUUGAUUGUGACAAAAGUGUGGAGAAGUAGCGCUGUUUUUGUUGCUGCUGCUGCGUGAAAUAAAUCUCAUUCAAGUUUCAGAGAUUUUAAAGGGUUAAUCCGGAAAUAAAAGCAAGUAUUUGAGGUAACAUUGCAGUGAAAAGUAGACACAGAAACAGAAAAAGACACUAAAUAAGAUUAUUAUAAGUGAAGUUAUGGCGUUGAAGGCCAAAGUGUUGUACGACUUCCACUCUGAGAACCCAGGGGAGAUCUCCAUAACAGAGAAUGAGCUGGUGACUCUGUUCAGUGAGGAGGAGCUGGAGGGCUGGCUGGAGGGGGAGAACAGCAAGGGGGAGGCUGGCCUCUUCCCCGCCUCCUAUGUGGAGAUCAUCAGGGACCACAUCACCUCCAACACCAACAACGGUUUCUCUUCGCCCAAAACCAAAGUGACCCCCACCCACACCUCCUACGCUCCCCCUGACCCCCAGUCUGCGAGAGGGCUCGGGGCAGGUAGUGGUGGCAGUGGUGGAGGCAGCUUCCACACCAGCCAGGGCAGCGAUGACGACUGGGAUGACGACUGGGAUGACAGCUCCCCGGCGACCAUUGCGCCCCAGGGUCUGGGCAGCUCGCCCCCCUUGUACCCGGUGACCACCUCCUUGCCGGGGCGGCGCAGCGGCGCCCAGCAGCAUCAGCAGCAGGCCAAGAGCUCAGCCACGGUGGGGAGGAACCUCAACAGGUUCUCCACCUUUGUCAAGUCCGGAGGGGAGGCCUUCUUGCUUGGGGAGGCCUCUGCCUUUGUGAAGGAUGGGGACAGGAUCUGUGUGGUGAUGGGGAAGCAUGGGCCCGAGUGGCAGGAAGACCCAUACCCGUUCACAUGCACCAUUGAUGAUCCCACCAAGCAGACCAAGUUCAAAGGCAUGAAGAGCUACAUGUCCUACGGCCUGACCCCAACGCACACCAAUGUACAAGUCAACCGCAGGUACAAACACUUUGACUGGCUCUACGCCCGACUCGUGGAGCGUUUCCCUGUCAUCUCGGUGCCACAUCUGCCUGAGAAGCAGGCCACCGGCCGCUUCGAGGAGGACUUCAUCUCCAAGCGGCGGAAGGGCCUGAUCUGGUGGAUGAACCAUAUGACCAGCCACCCUGUGCUGGCACGCUGCGAUGUUUUCCAGCAUUUCCUAACAUGUGGGGCAGAUGAGAAGGCCUGGAAACAGGGCAAGAGGAAAGCAGAGAGGGAUGAGCUGGUCGGGGCCAAUUUCUUCCUCACUAUCAGCACGCCCGAUGUCCCACUGGACCUUCAGGAAGUUGAGAGCAAAAUCGAAGGCUUCAAGACCUUCACCAAGAGGAUGGACGAGAACAGCGUGGUCGUGAACGCCACCAUCAAUGAGUUCGCACGCAAACAGAUUUCAGGAUUCAAGAAGGAGUACCAGAAAGUCGGACAGUCCUUCAAACUCCUGGGGCAGGCGUUCGAGCUGGACCAGCAGGCCUACUCAGCCGGUCUGAACAAGGCCAUCGCCUACACUGGUGAGGCCUACGAGAUGAUAGGAGAGUAUUUUGCUGAGCAGCCGCGCCAGGACCUGGAUCCCAUUUCUGAUCUGCUGGACCUGUACAGAGGACACCUGGCCAAUUUUCCUGACAUCAUCCAUGUGCAGAAAGGUGCGCUGACCAAGGUGAAAGACUGUCCGAAGCAGGAAGGUGAGCUACACGUCCGCUGCAACAUAAUCUCAUGCGCCACACUGGCGGAGAUCCAGCACUUCCACCGCACACGCGUACGAGACUUCCGCUCGCAGAUGCAACACCACCUCCGUCAGCAGAUCGGUUUCUUCCAGAAGAUCACCGCCAAGCUGGAGGACGCACUCCAGAGAUACGACAAUGACCAGUAGGAAGGGAGGGAGAGAAGAGAGAAGUCGAGACUACAAAGGCUUUGAGGAAAUGGGGAGAAGCCUGAAGAGGGGAGAGGACAGGAUGAUUGAUGGGUUCAUCCUCCAGUAAUGGAGAACAUUGUAUCAUCCUUAAGAGAGAAAACCAUGAGACUUGUGAUGUGAUGGAUCCUGGGGCCGCUACAAGUGUUAGAUGAAAUAUUCCAGUCUGUAAAACAAAAAAAUAUAUAGGCCACUGGACUGUGGAAUGACAACUUCUGGGAUUGUGUGGACAGCUCUGAUGAAUGUAGCAGUAACAUGGAUUUCCUGACACUCCAGGCACAUCUUGUAAGUCAGCGGGACUGCGACAGAUAUUAAAAACAGCUGCACUCAAUAUGACAGGGCUGCCUCUCAAUUCCUGUUUUCAGGAUCAUGUGACAUCUCCAUGCCUCCACUGCCUCACCACUUCAAUCGGGAACACAUUUAUCCUGACAGAAAUGUAGAGAUUAAACUACCCAAAUCACCUAAACUGGAUGUUUUCAUGAUUGAAAGACUGGACUAAAUGAAUUUAAUGAUUUUUGUUAUCUCAGUUUGUGUUUGCUUUUACUUGAAUGACCUGCUCAGUAUUGUUUUGAUGGGAUGUAACAGUAUUCAAGUGAUUGUGAAUUUCAGGCAAAGUGGGUGUAAUCUACUCCGUGUGAUAUUCAUUACAUUUUGAAAUUUGACCUAUUUCUGAUGUUUAACAUCUCUUAAACAACUCAGACGCUGUCACAUCUUUAAACCCGUUAUUGUUUUGGAUUUUAGUUUGUGUCGCCUGACUUAACGCAAAAGUGGAUUCAGCUCAGAGUGAUUUUAUGUUUUGACCGAGUGGCUGCUUAUUUUAAGAAGCAGCUCCACAGUUCUGUUUUCUUUGGGAUGUUUUAUGGAAACCUGAGGUUGACAUUUGUCUCUCUGCUUUCCCUCAGUCCGGCAAGGUCAGAGGUCAGGCUCCAGGGUACAGACACUUUGAUAUAGUGGAUGUUUUCUGGCAUGAAGGUUUUGAACCCACAUCUUCCAGUGUAAAGCCAUUGAGAUGUAUGACUUUUUAUAUGAUGAUAAGAUAUUUCAAAUUCUUCUGAGGGCAUAGUUUGUUUGUUUUUUUUGUUAAAAAAGCAGACAAUCCUGGGGAAAACUGGCAUAGUCUAUGCGCUGCUUUCUGCCCAUUCAUCUCCGUGAAAUCAGGUCAGAUCAGUGGUGUAUAUUGCUGUCAACCACAGUGUUUGCUUUUUUAUACUACCACUUGGAGGGGCGCCAAAGUUGGAAACGUUCAAAUUCUACACAUAGUGGCUGAAAGGAUGGUUGCCCUACUUUUUAUGCCAACCUGCUACUCCAAAACAUUCCUGUUAAACCAACCAGUAACCAGAAUAAGAUCACAGACGUUGUUGCGAGUUUGAUUUCAGUAUUUUGUUGCUAUUGAAGGAUCCACCACCAGGUGGGUUAUAAAAACAUUUUCAAUAAAAGUUGACAUUCUUGAGAAACUUUCAACAUACGACAUUCUGUACUGAUUAAUGAGCCUGACUCAGAGCAGUCACUGCAUUCAAUUAGAGGGGGGUUGCUGGAUGAAUACCCAGAGGAGGGUUUGGAUCUGGUAAAUAUAGCCAAUACGCUCCCAAAAAAAGGAGAAUAAUAGAUCAUAACUGAGAUAGUCAAUUGAAUGCGUUACAAUGGUUUACAGUAUUUUGUGCUGUCAGUUUUACUUUCAGAAACUGUUUCUGGUGAAUGUUGUAAUUUUAGGUGUGACUUCACAUUCCUUUACUGGGAUUUUACUCAGUGUGGUUUAUAGUGGAGCAAACCAACAGUGUAGUUGUUGUUCUCAACACUGUUCACUUGGAUGAGACCGUUUUUUAACACUUUUAAUAUAACACAGCUGGACAGCAUUUCAGUGCCUAAAUGAAAGUAGAAUGUAUUUCAAUGAUGUAUCUCUACAAAGGCUUUUAUUGUCAGCUGUUUUCCCUAAAUAUAACUUAUAACUUCA